UGUAAACGCUGGGGAAACAAUAAAGAACGCAUUUCCUGAUUGUAACUGUGGUAGUAGAAUUAUCUUCACUACACGUUUAAGUAACUUGGCUGAAUCUAUAGAGAACACUAGUCAUGUUUAUGAACUCCAACCUUUACCAGAAAAUGAAGCUUGGACCCUCUUUUGUAUGAAAGCCUUUAGAGGGGAACAUAAGGCUGUAUGCCCUCCAGAACUGGAAGAGAUGUCUCGAAAUAUCUUAAAGAAGUGUGAGGGACUGCCACUUGCAAUGGUAGCAAUAGGAGGCCUACUGUCGAAGAAGAAAAAUGGAGGUUUAGAAUGGAAGAAAGUCCAUGACUGCCUGGCUACAGAAUUGAAAAGUAACGACGACCUUGGGAGUCUACGUAGAACACUUCAACUAAGUUAUGAUAAUCUUCCUUACUACCUCAAACAGUGUUAUUUGUAUUUAAGUGUUUUUCCAGAGGAUUAUUUGAUAAAAAGAAUGAAGUUGAUCCGGCUAUGGAUAGUUGAAAGGUUUGUGGAAGAGAAGCAAGGCUUUACAAUGGAGGAAGCAGCAGAGGAAUACCUUAAUGAACUCGUGAAUAGGAGUUUGAUCCAAUUGGUGGAGAUGAGUUAUUUUAACAGGGUCAAGACAUGUCGUGUUCAUGAUCUAAUGCGAGAAAUCAUUCAAAUGAAAUCCAGGGAACAAUCUUUUGUUAUGAUAGCAAACGGAACAAGAAUCAGCAAGAAUGAGAAAGUUCGGCGUCUAUCAAUCCAUGAAAACUCCGAGGAAGUUCAAUCAGAUAUGAUAUUUCCUUAUCUGUGGUCUUUGUUGUCAUUUUCUUCGCAUCAUCCUUUUGAGCAUGGUCUUCGCAAUUACAAGCCGUUAAGAGUAUUGAAUUUAGAUCGUGCUCCCCUUCCCAGCUUCCUACCUGAAUUGGCUGAACUGAUUCAUUUGAGAUAUUUGAGUUUGAGAUCGACCAUGAUAAGGGAGCUUCCAGAGUCCAUAAGGAAGCUGAAGUACUUGGAAAUACUUGAUUUGAAAAGGAAUCAUGUAUCUUCUUUGCCUGCUGGGAUCACACAACUGACAUGUCUUUGCCAGCUCCGAAACUAUCGACAGUUUCCAGUCCAUAUUGUUCUUCCCAGACAUUCAUGGAAUGAGAGUUCCAUCAGGAAUAGGAAGAUUGACUAGCCAGCAGAAAUUGGGAAGCGUUGAUGUGAAUGAAGAUUAUGAGUUAGACAGGGAGUUGGGAAGGCUAACUCGGUUGAGAAGGCUGGGCAUUUUAAAGCUAAGAGAAGAGCAGGGAAUGGAUCUCUGUUAUACUUUGGACAGGUUGAAACACCUUACUGCUUUGUAUCUUGUUUCACUAAACAAAACUGAAUUCUUACAAUUUGACUCUCUUUCAUCUCCUCCAAAAUAUCUCCAACGACCAUAUCUCAAAUGUAGUCUUCCAGCUUUACCAGGAUGGAUAACUUCACUCAAGUAUAUUUCCAAGCUAGUGCUUCAAUAUUCUAAUUUGGAAAGUGAUCCUCUCAAGGCCCUCCAGAAAUUGCCUAGUUUGAUGCUUGAACUCCGUCAAGCUUAUGCAGGGGAAGAACUGUGCUGUGAUCCUAGUGGAUUUUCAAAGCUGAAGAGGAUAGGUCUCCAUGAACUCGAGAGAUUGCAGCGCAUCAGAAUAGCAAAAGGAUCAAUGCCUGGGUUAGAAAGGCUAGACAUCACAGCAUGCACGGUGCUAGAAACUGUGCCGGAUGGGAUUGAAAACCUGAAGAAUAUAGAAGACCUGGUUCUGUGGCAUAUGCCUUCAACAUUCAUCAAGACAAUAGAGAGGUACCGCGGUGAAGAUUUCUGGAGAGUUCAACAUAUCACAACAAUCACCCGUAUCUACAAGAGCCAGGGGAGAUGGGUCCCUGAAACUCUUCUGUAAUUAGAGGGGUAAAAUACGGAGAGGACUGCAGUUUCUGGAAAAUCAUGAUCCCUGCCAAGUUCCUCAGGUCUGUACAGACGUUUCAUCAUGUAAUGCUGAGCCUCAGAAAAUCGAAAACUGCUGCUCUUCCCUCCUCUUCUCUGCUCCUUUGUCUCUGUUCCGCUGUUGUUGAAUCUUCCAACCUGCUAUCUUGCCCAUGUUUGUCACCCCUAAAUUUUGGACACCGUCAAUUUCUAGACAUCAAUAC